GUGUCAGAAAUGUCAAAAUGCUAAACGUGUCACUUGCGCUUUUUUGUUGUUGUUUUACAUAUUUUUUCUGUGACACCGCAUUAAUCAACUCACCGUUUAUUUUGUGAUUUUUUUAAAAAUUCUUUCCAUCAACAGAAUAGCUCGCUUUCCGCCGUUUUUAUUUAUUCUUUGCUUUGUCGAUUUUUGUAAAUAAAAUGUCCGAAAAAUGGGAAAUAGUUGGCAAAGCCAAAAAAUCCAAAUCAUCAGUGGCAAUGAAAGACAGUCCGGAUAAGAAAGGCUCAAGCGGUUUGGGCAAAAAGCCGACUUAUGAAGAAAUUCUCCCAAAGUACGCUCUGAAAAACAUUCGUAUCGACAACGUCAACAAGGAAAAUAAAAAGCCCAACAAUGGUACGGUCAAAAGCGCCAAGAAGGUAGAAAAGGUCAAUCAACCGCAGCCGGCGAAAGUCAAAGGUGUUUCGGUACCUCGUAAGCCAGCAAACAUUGAGGCUGCUUUCGAGCAAUUUAACACCGCCGACCUGGAUGCUGAUAUUGAAGUGAUGAAAGCGAACUUUCCGAAUAAUCAUUUGGUUUGGCUGAAGGGCUUAUGCGCUUACUUGAACUCGAAGCUGAACGUAAAGAACCAGCCGUCACUGACCGAUAAGCCAGCCAAUUAUCCCAGUAACAUUGUACCUGAAAACGUAAAAGCAAUAAUCUACAAUCUCUUGAAUGAGGCUGGACACGCAAACGUUCAAUACUUUUUCGAUCAAACGCUGACUUCGUUGGCUAUGGAUCUGUCCAACAAUGUGAACUGUAUCGGUCAUAGCAUUCUGCUGCAAUUGAUCGCCCACGAAUGGCCAACGGUUUGCGUUCAGAAUUUGGCUAAGAAUGCGAUCCUACGCAACUCGUACCAGAAUCGCAGUUCCAUCGGACUGAGUUUGUUGUGGGCGCUGGGACAAGGUGGAUACAAGGACGCAACGGUUGGCUGUCGCGUCUGGCAAAAUAUUAUGGUGCCUGUGCUCGAGAUGAAAUCGUACAGCAAAUGGGUGUGCGAGUAUGUUUAUCGAAUGCUGAAUGCGGCCAAUGAUUCUAUCAAUCUGGUGCAAAGUGAAUUCUUUACCAUUUUCGAUGAAUUGCUGUUGCAACGGAAUGGUUUACCGAAAGACUGCCAAAAGUUGUUGACCAGCAGUGCUAGUGUGUUUCUGUCGAAGUACAUAAAGAGCGCCUCGAAACUGCAUAAUGUCUUCUUGACAUUGUUUAAAAGACUGAAUGCUCCGAAAACGAUAGCACUGGAGCCAGCACUGAUCGAAUGUUUAGUGGAAGAGAGUGAAUGCUUUAAGGUGUGGAAAAUGCAUUAUAGGAAGAAUAUUGUCGAAAGCAAGCAACUAUUGUCUUACCUAGGCAGAAAUUGGACGAAUCUACCGUCGUCGAUCAAGCAAAAUCCUAAUUUAAAAGACUUCUUAGGCUACAUUCAAUUACAAAACGGUUCGUUUAAACCUCAAGACCAGCAAGUUCAUGAGGAAAUCAUUGAGUCAGUUCAGAGUAUUCAAGGUUUACAGGAAAAAUCGCAAAAGAAAACCAAAUCCUCAUCGUCGAUAUGUCCAUGGUUAUUCGGAUCGUUUCUUUUGAUUGGCAUCAUUUCCUCGUUGCUGGCAUACGACACUCACAUUCACGGCGGUGUGUUCGCCAAAUCGGCUACCGGAAAAUUCCUACAACAAACUGGCACACUGCCGUACGUUGAGGUUGCCUGGACGAAAACUAUGUCGACGAGUGCACGUGGCUAUCAAUGGGCGGAAAAGAAUGUUCCCGUUUAUGUGAAUCAGACGUGUACGGCCGUGCAACCGUACACAGCAUUUUUACGCGAUGCUGGCAUUGUCGGAUGGAAUUUCGUACUGGAUCGAUGCGAGGCGGUCAAAUUAGUUGUUUUGGAGAAGACACCAAUCGUGGUCAACUUUAUUGAUCAGUACGCUCCCGGUUUUCCAUUGAAAAUUCAAGAAUUUUCCAUAUCUCUCUGGAAAGGUCUGUGCAGUUCAUCUGCGUACGUCUACCAUAGCAGCUGUGAUUUCUUUAAAACGAAAGUCUUUGUAGGUAAUCUAUCGCCGGAAAACCUAAGCAAAGCUCUAAAUCAAACGCAAAUCGCUGCUGCUGAAUAUUAUAGUUGGUUCCAUAAAAAGGUCGAUGCGUACGCGAAAAUUCAAUGAUAAAUUUUACCGACGGAAACAAACAAAAAUUUAAAAAAAAAAA